AUGUGUUACUACAGUAAAGAAAAUGCGGGCUACGAAUGUGUUUUCAAUAACGUGCAGAUCGGUGAAUACGAGAUCGUGACGGUGGAAUUCUUUGCUGCCGAAGUACGAGCGGAAAACGUUACCUCCGUGGUGUUUCAGAACUCAUCCAUCUUCAAACUGCCCAAGGUGCUGUUGCAGGCGUUUCCAAAGGCUACGGUGCUAAAGUUGGAAAAUUUGCAGCUAAGCACAAUUGAACGAGGUGCCUUCGAACAGGCUCAACAGGUGGAGCAGUUGUAUCUUAGUUUCAACAACAUUGGUCAGCUUGAACCGGGCGUUUUUGAUGGACUGCAUUCGGUAUUUCUGCUAGACCUGGAUGCAAACGGACUGUCGCAAUUCCCGGCGGGAUUGAUCCCCAACGAUUCGAAUCUUUAUUCGAUUUCACUCAUGAACAAUCGUCUCACACGCAUGGAGGACAACACAUUCACGAAUGCGCCGUCGCUCGAGUACGUUUAUGCUUCUAGUAACAACAUUGAAUACUUUGACCUCAGCAAAAUCCCCGAGGCGGUCAUGGUGAAUGUGAGCUACAACCGGUUAACGGAAGUGAAGAUUCCAACAAAGUUGAAAUUCCUGUAUGCCUCCAACAAUCGCAUUAACCGUAUCGUGCCCAGUGGAGAAAACAAAAAACUGAGAGAACUCUACCUAUCGAACAACAAGCUGACCGACAUCUCCUGGCUUUCCAAGUUUCCCGAACUAAAAACCCUCGAUUUGAGGCACAACGAACUCACGGAUGUCACCUCGAAACACUUUCCAUCGCAAAUGAAGCUGAAAACGCUAUUGCUGAGGAACAAUCGGCUGGUCACUUUCGAUUUAGCAAAGGUGUCACUGGGGCAGCUUCGAGUGUUGGAUUUGUCCAACAAUCGGUUGACCUCCGUGGAGCAUAAUAGUCCGUUGUUUGAUAAACUUCAAAAGCUCUAUCUGCAAAACAACAGCAUCAAGACGCUGAAUCUAUCGGCCAACAACAGCAUUAAGGAGAUUUGGCUUACUCAUAACGAUUGGGAUUGUGCUAACUUGCGCCAGCAGCUUCAGGUGAUUGACUUUAGUGCUACCCUAGGACAUGAUAUCUCGUGCAAACCGGGCUACACACUGCUCACUGAGUUGUGCUGCAAGGAGCACGCCACCGGCUGA